CCCACACAAGCUUCCGCCGAAGCUGCCGCCUUCACCGAGCUCACCGAAGACCCUGCGCCCAUCUCCACACAAAGCUCUCUCUCCCUCCGUCCCCAAAAAUCCGCCGCAGAAACCAUCACAGUUCGCCGACUUCAUAAGCCAUUGCGCCUCCACAAUGGCCACGAUCCCCUUCCUACCUCCCUAAGACACGCAAUCCCCGAUUUCUCGUCUCAUCCACACGAUUUGAGCCCGCUCAAGAUGCUCGCCCGCACCCUCCGCGCCGCGGGCACAACCCCAGCACGUGCUCACCACCACCAGCUCCGAACGGCAUGCUCCUCCUCAUCCUCCUCCGCCGCCGCCGCCGAGACCCUCCCCUCCAGCCCCAUUCGCGUGUUCCGCUCCGUCUCAGAUCUCCGGAAGUGGCGUCGCCCACACGUCGUCAACUAUCGUUCCGUUGGCCUAGUCCCGACCAUGGGCGCCCUGCACGAGGGCCACCUCUCGCUCAUCCGCGCCGCCGCCCGCGAGAACCACCACGUCGUCGUCUCCAUCUACGUCAACCCGGCGCAAUUCGGCGUCUCCGAGGACCUCGAAUCGUACCCCGUCACCUGGGCCCGCGACGCCGCCGCCCUGCGCGACCUCGACCGCGAGCUAGCUGACGACGGCGGCGCCCUGGGCCGCGUCAGCGCCGUCUUCGCCCCGACCACCUCCGAGAUGUACCCCGCCGGCUUCCCCGGCCAGGCCGUCGACAGCAAGGGCAGCUUCGUCACCAUCACCCCCGUCGGCGAGGUCCUCGAGGGCGCCAGCCGGCCGACCUUCUUCCGCGGCGUCGCCACCGUGUGCAUGAAGCUGUUCAACAUCGUGCAGCCCGAGCGCGUCUAUUUUGGCCAGAAGGACGUCCAGCAGACUGUCAUCAUCCGCCGCAUGGUCGAGGACUUUAUGCUACCCGUCGAGGUCGUCGUCGGCGAGACGAUGCGCGAGCCCGACGGCCUCGCCCUCAGCUCCCGCAACGUGUACCUCGGCGAGCGACGGCGCAAGGUCGCGACCGUGCUGCACCGCGCGCUCAAGGCCGCCGAGGGCACGUACCAGCAGGGCGCGCUGGACCGCGACGCGAUCCUCGGCGCCGCGAACCGGGUCGCCGCCGACGUACUGUCGGAGCAGUCGAGGUCGGCACCCAAGGACAGGGUCAUGUUCGAGGUGGACUACAUCUCGCUAGCGGACCCGGAUUCCAUGCAGGAAAUCAACACCGUCGUCCCCACCAAGGGCGGGAUACUCAGCGGUGCCGUCAAGAUGUUGCCGGUGGAGGAGCCGCAGCCAGACGAGGACCUUGGCCACAAUAAUGGGCCGGCGGUGCGGCUCAUUGACAACAUCAUCCUCAAGCCUAAUACCCAGUAAAAGUCAGAGGGUUGGCACAGCCGGCUUCACGAAUUGGGACGAGGACCUGGGCGUAACCAUUACUUGUUCAUCGCAUGAUGCUAUAAAAGCCUCUUGGACACCACUCGAGAAUGUCAUGCUUUGUAACCCCCCGGCUCCCCCCCCC